AUGUCUGCUGAUUUAUCUGAUUUCUCAUUAUCAUCCCGGAUAGCAUCGCUGGUUCAUGCACAUUUCGAUGCUCUGCCAACGCGCAGUAAACCAACCAUAUUUCCGGAUGGGUCAAGGGAAUGGAUUCCAAUGACCGGUAUUGUAGCGGUCAAAGGAGAAAACACACCUUCGGAAAGUCUGACCUGCAUAUCUGUCACGUAA